AUGACAACUACGGCAUUCAAGAAUGUAAGGUCUUUGAGCCAGCUUGUUUCUGUCCUAUUGAUUGUCAUCAAUAUUCCCUUGCCGUUUUUCCUCAUUCCACAUCUGAUGUUUGUGCGCAUGGAGGCCGAACACCUUAGGAUGGGAAUCAGAGGAAUAACCACGAUAUUCAGGACCACAUCGAUGACAAACAUAACCUUGGGGCUGUUUGCAAGCUGUGGAAUCAACAGCAAGACUAGGCUAUACAUGAGACUAUACUUCAUAACUGGGAUAUUCUUGUUUCUCAUGCUGAUCACCAUGCUUCUCUAUAUCAGGAUAAGCUAUCAGUCUGAUGUGUCCAGGCAGCUUGGAAGACUCUAUAACAAUGCAUCCAUUAGAAAUAUAAUUCUGUAUUUCAUGGAGUGCACCAACCAAAUGACAUGUACCAGAAUAAUUAUGAAGAAUAUCUCGAUGAUAAAGUACUACUACGUCACCAUAGCCAUUCCAUCAUUGUGUCUGAACCUCCUCAACCUUAUACUUAUUAGAAUAGCUGUCUCAAUCAACAUUGAAACGCCGCCGCCAAAGCUGCCCAACUUUGUAGAAAAGACAAGAGUGGGAAUGAACACAUCAUCCUUGAGAAACAAGCGUGUGGUGAUAAAUGGCCCUGGGCAAGAAGGCCAAGGCACUGUACCUUAA